AUGAACGUCUGGAGCUGUUUCUCAGCUCGUAUCGUGUUAUGGAUGUUAAUUAAUGUGACAACUACAAGGCAAUUGAAGCUACCAUCUAACGCUGCUUGGAAUCAAAAUGGUACGACAGUUGCGGGAGAUAAAAAAGGAAACGCAGGAUCAGCUCUCAGUCAACUUACUGAGCCUGUCGACAUAUAUAUCACCAACAACGACAUUCUUUAUAUUGGGGAUACAUACAAUCAUCGAAUUCUUCUUGUUCAUCUCAACUCUUGGACCAACAACUCUGCUAUCGGCUCUGGACCAGGCCCCGGUUCCAAUCAGCUCAAUGGACCACGCGGCGUUUUUGUUUUCAAUGCAUCUCUCUAUGUUCUUGAUACCAGCAAUUACCGAGUACAAAAGAUGACACUUGAUGGUUCUAAUGUCACUACAGUGGCUCAUAUACCUCGACCAGGUACGGGACAAGGCGAUCCACUAUAUCUCUAUGUGACUAAUGAAGGCAACAUAUAUGUAAGUGAAAGAUGGGGGCAUUGUAUCUGGUUAUUUUUUCCAAACUCAACUACUGGUCACAUCAUUGCUGGACAAACUAGACAAAAGGGAUCGAAUAACGAUCAAUUCGACGAACCCUAUGGCAUCUUUGUCAACGAUGUAGGCACCAUGUACAUUGCAGAUCGUAAGAACCAUCGGAUCAUGAAGUGGUCGACCGGAGAUUCGCAUGGUGUUCGUGUGGCUGGUGAUGGUACACUCGGUGAUACACCAAAACAACUCAACGAACCCACCCAAGUGAUUGUUGAUACCAACGAAUACAUGUAUAUUACGGAAGCUGGUUAUCGAGCGCGUGUCGUUCGAUGGCUCGUCGGAUCAACCUGGGGUGUGUGCAUUGUUGCUUGCACAAGAAGUUCUGGAAUUGAAGCAACUCAACUAAGUCAACCACAUUCUUUGGCAUUUGAUAGACACGGGUCACUGUAUGUCACCGAUUGGGCCAAUCACCGAGUGCAAAAGUUCCAGAUUCUCGACUAUUCUCUAUCAUUCAACGAGCCAGUCAUUCCUCCGAACUCAACGUGGAGUGUAUGUGGUAUUACUUUUGCUAAUCAAACCAGCAUUGGCUUGAGACCUCGUGGUAUUUUUAUUGAUCAUCGUGACACUGUGUAUGUCGCUGAUCAUACCCAUCGACGAGUUCUUGUAUGGUCAGAAAAAGAUAACAAUCAUCAUCAGAUAUCCGUCNCUUCCUCUACAUCGACAAAAACAGGUUAUUUUCACUCAUUAUUUUCGUUUAUCGAGGAUGCCUACCUACUGCAAAUUUCAGAUCUAUCAACAAGAUCAGCAGAAACAGUCACUGGUACAUCUUCUCAACCCUCACAAAUAUAUUUUGUUCCAACGUCAUGUUCUAAUGGAGCGAGCAUUGGCAUGAACUGUAAUAUUCCCGGCACUCUUUGCGACUUGUGGAGUCCAUGUCGAAACAAUGGAACAUGUGUCAACAACGAUGACAACAACGAUUACAAUUGUACUUGUCUGCCGCAUUUCGACGGGAAACAAUGCGAAAACGAUAAUCGGCCAUGUAAAAAAAACACGUGUCUUAAUGGUGUAUGCAAUCAAACAUCGAAUUGUACCUGUGCAGCUGGUUGGGAAGGUACACGAUGUGAACGAAGGAUUGACUAUUGUGUGAAUGCAACAUGCUACAACAAUGCAGUUUGUCGUUCGCUACUGGGCAAUUACACAUGUGAAUGUCUCAGUGAUUCUUAUUCCGGUCGGCAUUGUGAAAUCGUUGUAAACAAAUUCAUUGUUUAUCAGUCUGUUUGUAAAUCUUUUGCUUAUAUUGCCAUCAUCGCUAUGGCUAGUGUGGUAUUGUUUGUCAUUGUCAUGGAUGUACUGAAAUAUUGUUUUGGAAGUGACCCGACUCGUUCAGAACUGGAACGGAUUCGACGAGAAAAACGAGCAAAGAAACGCAAACCAGUAAUCCAACGGUUUACUUAUGUCAAUGCUAUUCCUUCAUCGGAACAGACAAUUUCUAAAAGAAAAGAAACUGCUGUCUAG